AGCAGCUGGCGCCGGGCAGAGGCAUAGCCUCCGGCCGGAGAAGCUACUGCCUACCGCUCGCUCUGCUCGCUCCGUUCUGCUCUUGGCUGAGCAUCCCUGGCAGCGCGGGCUAGUUCCACAGCCUAAGCUUCCCGAUUUGAGCAGACGCUGUUCCCUUCUGGAAGGACCACGGGGGCUAGCAACUGGAGGUUGCUCUGCGGAUUUUAGGCACUCAGAGCUGGUUUGAAGGAAGGAGGGACUAGGUUUGGAGAAGAGCCGGCGCCUCUUAAAACUCUUGGUGCCUAAAAUGUGUGAGACGGUGGCCAAAUAGAGCGGAGGGAGAUUAUCUCAUUUUGAAUAUCCAGGACUUCUAGAUGCGCCAGCGAUGUGUACAGCAACUGUCGAUUUGGCAGCAGACUGGACUCGGUCAAUUGCAAUUCCUUUCCUACUUCAAGCUUACCUCCCCCAGAGCUGUGCUCAGAUUGUCCUCACAGCCUCCAGGUGGGAGGGAGCUGAGCGAGAGGGAAUCAAAAGUCAGCUUCCUUUUGCUCUCCGCUGGUGGCAGAUGCGCAGCUGGUUGGUCCUAAGCAGGCCAAAUGUUUGCAAAGAGGAACAGCUGACGGUGAUAGCCCUCUCACGCCCAUGCACCCAAGUGUUCGUAGACACCGUCAAAUUCUGGAAACAAGGCUGUACAGACCCACGGGUGUGUGUGGCUUAUGAAAGAAGGACCCGCUACUACACUGUCUACAAGCAGGUGUAUACCACAGAACACCAGACAUUCUUCAGGUGCUGCCCUGGUUGGAGCCGAUGGGAUGAUGAACCAGGCUGCCUCUCCUCUGUGUCUUCUCUGGGAACCCAUUUCAGUGGAAGGCAGUGCUCAGAUGGUGAUGAUCAACGGUGCCUCUGCUCACACGGGUUUCACGGACCCCACUGUCAAUAUGAUAUAAAUGAAUGUGCUGUUGACAAUGGUGGCUGCCAAGACCAGUGCUGCAAUACGAUUGGCAGUUAUUUCUGCAGAUGUCAAGCUGGCCAAAAGCUGGAGGAAGAUGGCAGAGGAUGUGAAGACAUCGAUGAAUGUGCGGUGGUGAAUGGGGGCUGCCAGCAGCGCUGUAUUAACACUCUGGGCACCUUCCACUGUGUGUGUGAUACAGGGUACAGACGCCAUGCUGACGGACGCACCUGCAUAAAGACAGACCCCUGUGCAGGUGGGAAUGGCUGUGCUCACCUAUGUCAAAUUGAGAAUGGCGUGGCCAGGUGUACCUGCCAUGCUGGGUACCAGCUGUCUGAAGACAAAAAGGCCUGCGAAGACAUAAAUGAGUGUGAUGAAGAACUUGCUCCCUGUGCUCAUCGCUGUGUGAAUUCAGAGGGGUCCUUCACUUGUGCCUGCCACCCUGGCUUUGAGCUAGGAGCUGAUGGAAAACAUUGUUACAGAAUUGAAUUAGAAAUUGUAAAUAUCUGUGAAAAGAACAAUGGGGGUUGUUCUCAUCACUGUGAACCUGCAAUUGGUGGACCCCAUUGUUCCUGUGACCAUGGACAUCAGCUCGACACAGAUGAGAAGACAUGCAUAGACUUUGAUGAAUGCGAGAGCGGAGAUGCCUGCUGUGCUCAGCUCUGCAUCAACUAUUCAGGAGGCUACGUGUGCAGCUGUCAGGAAGGCUUUCAGAUCAGUUUGGAUGGUUGUGGAUGUGAUGAUGUAGAUGAGUGCCUGGAUGUCAGUGUGGACUGUGACCAGCUGUGCAUCAACUCCGUGGGGACAUAUGACUGUGCCUGUGAAGAAGGCUACAGAAUCGGAAGUGAUGGAAGAACCUGUCUCGAUGAUGAACAGCUAGAGGAGGAAGAAGAGGUGCUGGACAUCCUGAGGUUUCCAGGCCAUCUGGUUCAAAACCCACCUCAGCCGUUACCUUAUCUUGAUCCCUCUCUGAUUGCUUCAUAUGAAGAUGAAGACAAUAAUGAAGAAGACCAGGAAGGAGAAGAAGAGUCCCAACAGCUGACAGCCUUGCACACCUUGCACAGAGUGGUCUGUUUAGAUGGCACCUUUGGCCUGGACUGCAGCUUGAGCUGUGAGGAUUGCAUGAAUGGAGGGAGGUGUCACGAAGGAAAAAGUGGGUGCUUCUGCCCAGAAGGCUGGACCGGCAUUCUUUGCAAUGAAAGCAACACCUUAAGAACUGGUGUGAACCAACAAGCUCCUUUGGCUUGUUCUGAGGAUGCCAAAAGAAGGGAGUGCAGGGGCAUCUGCAAUUGUCAGAACGGAGGCACCUGUGACCCUCAGACUGGACAGUGCCAAUGCCCCCCAGGGGUCUAUGGGAAAAUUUGUGAAGAAGGAUGCCUGAAAGGGUUCUUUGGAAAGAACUGCAAAAGAAAAUGUCACUGUGCCCACAAUGACCAUUGCCACAGGAUAUAUGGUGCCUGCAUAUGUGACCUAGGGCGCUACGGAAGAUUCUGUCAUCUCAGUUGUCCCAGGGGGACGUAUGGAGCUGGCUGUUCUUUGGAAUGUCAGUGUGUGGAGGAGAACACCCUGGAAUGCAGUGCCAAAAAUGGUAGUUGCACCUGCAAAUCUGGUUACCAAGGCAACAGAUGCCAGGAAGUCUGCCCACCAGGCACGUAUGGGAAAGACUGUAACCAGAUAUGCCAGUGUUCAGCAACUGAGGACUGUCAUCCAGUCACCGGAAGAUGUUCCUGUCUGCCUGGCUACCAUGGAAACCACUGUCAGCUCCGGUGCCCAAAAGACACUUAUGGUCCAAAUUGCCAAGAAACAUGUAAGUGCCUGAACGGAGGUCAGUGUGAGAGCAUGCGUGGCACGUGUUCCUGUCCUCCUGGCUUCAUCGGGGCGGACUGCAGUCAAACUUGUCCUGGAGGCAAUUAUGGGCAGGAUUGUGCCCAAUGGUGUUCCUGUGGCUCAGGAAAGUGUGACCCAGUGACAGGAAGGUGUCAUUGUCCACCCGGCCUGAUGGGAUCAAGGUGUCAGCAAGGUUGUCCCCAGACAAGAUAUGGCACCAAUUGUGACCUCGAAUGUCUGUGUAAAAAUGGUGGACUCUGCAAUCCUGUGGAUGGGAGAUGCUCCUGUGGCCUUGGGUGGACCGGGGAUUACUGUGAGAAAGCAUGUUCUUCUGGUAAUUAUGGCCCAGACUGCAAAUUCAAUUGCUCAUGUCAGAAUGGUGGGAUUUGCAGCAGGCUUUCUGGAGGCUGUGAGUGCCCCAGCGGGUACUACGGACAAAGCUGUGAGCAUGAAUGUCCUCCUGGAUUUCAUGGCUUUAAUUGUGUUCAUACCUGUGACUGCCGAAAUGGGGCCAGUUGUGAUGUAGCAAAAGGACAGUGUGUUUGCCCAGCAGGUUUCUAUGGCAACCAUUGUGAACAAGAAUGUCCACCUGGAAUGUUUGGGGACAAUUGUCGUCAGCUGUGUGACUGUAAAGGAGAAAGUUCUUGCCAUCCAAUCACAGGAAAAUGUCUCUGCCCACCAGGGAGGACAGGAGCCAGAUGUGAAACAGAAUGUAAGGCAGGCCACUAUGGGCCCGACUGCCUACUGCUCUGUGAAUGCUCCAAGGGAGCUCUCUGCAACCCUGUAAAUGGCAGCUGUGCUUGCCCCAGGAGGAGAAUGGGCCCAACCUGUACGGAGAAUGGCUUGGCUCCUGGACAGCCAGAGACCCACAGUUCUUCUGAAGCCAGCACUCGGGGAAAACGAGGACAGAGCUGAUAGAGGUCAAGACCUGGCUGUCUCUGUGGAUGCUCCAUUUCCCGUAACUCAGAAACAGAUCGAAGUAGCCUUACAAUCCAAACUACUCAUCAUUUCCAACAGCUCCUAGUCAUUUGUACAUGGAAGACGGGACCAUUUUGUUUUGGUUCUCAAGGAGUUUACAUAUGCAUUUUUACUUUCAGAAUCCUGGCAAAUUCACAUUAGUAAAUAGUAACUUUGUCGACAGAAAAUGCUGUUCACUUUGUCCAAGAAUUUUCAGAAUAAAAACAAAGACUGUUGAAAUUA